UUCGCUCACGUGGUUUCCGUUUCCCGUCGACCUGUCGACAUUUAGAAUUUUGUGAUCGCAAGUGAAAAAUAUAAAAAUAAAAUGGUUUUAAUAUAUAAAUAUAUUUGAAAAUAAUUGUAAUAAGCUGAUUUUAUUUAGAAUUAUAAAAAUAAAAUAACUAUAUAAAGAUGCACUUAUCAAGUAAUAAGAAACGAGAGGAUGUGGCAAUUGUAAUUAGAUCACUUUUGACAACAUAUCAAGACGGUGUAACAAUACGAAGACUAGCAGAAGAUUAUGAAGAAGUUGAAUGUGAGCCAAUUCCUUUUAAAGAAUUUAAUUGUCCAACAUUAUAUAGUUUUUUGCAAGAAUUACAAAAUUAUGUACGCAUUGAAAGAGUAAAUAAUCAAACACUCUUAUUUCCCGUGAUAACCGAUAAAACAAAACAUAUCGCUGAAUUUGUAAAAAAUCAAAGAUCAAAAAAUCCAAAUAGAAGAAAAUUUCAAAGGCCUUUUCUUGGAUAUUGCGCUAAUAAAUCACAAGUUACAAUUAAUAAGAAUUUAUUAACACAACUUGUACAAUGUGUUUAUUUAUAUCCACAUGGCGUACCAAUGUUUAAUGUUAUAUUAUUUUUAAAUCAACAUAUUUAUCCACUUCAAAUUACAAAACAGGAAUUGGAACGUCAAUUAAAUUUAAUAUCACACUUAGUUAUUGUUUGUGGUGAUAAAUUAUAUCCAAAACAUGUGAUGCCAAUUUUUCCACAACAAUUUUUAACCAAUUAUGCGUAUAAUAAUAAUAAUAAUAAUAAUUGGACUUUACAUGGAAAUUAUAAUUCACAAAAUUCAAACAUUAUUCGACAGCAAAAACCUGUUCAAAAUUCACACAUUAAGCCCAACAUUGUUCCAGUUCAAAAUUCAAAAAUUCAACCAAAUAUUAUUCAAGAGGAAAAAUCUGCUAAUUUCAUUGAAAAAUCAAAUAAGACUGAAAAUAAAAUUCCCUUGCUAGUUAAAGGAGCCAAUGAUGUUUAUAAAUUAAACGAGGAAUUAAAAACUCUAAUUUCUGAAAUUACAGAAAAGUGCGAAAUAAAAAGUGAUAAAAACGAUAUUCCUUUAAAGGAAUGUCAACAAGAAAAUAUGUCUACAAAUAUUAAAAUUGAUGAUGAAAAUUCCAAACCGGAGAAUUCAAUUAAAUCCGAUCGUGAUUUAACAAUUUUUACAACAAUUAGACUAUCGAAACUAAUACAAAAAUUUCCAAAUGGAAUUUGGUGUUCCGAAUUAACAAAAUUAUAUCUUCAAGAAUAUAAUUCACCAUUAUUAUAUUCAGAGAAAGAAUUUUCCAGUCUUUUAGAUUUUGUUUAUCAUUUGCCAAAAAUUUUUCAUUGCGUCAAACCAUUAAAUGAAAAAGACUACAAAUUAUUUAACGCAAAAAAUAAUCUUCCACAUUUAAAGAAUGAUAAAAAAUCAAAUAUACCCGAUUAUUCACACGAUUAUGAUGAUUUUAAAUCAUCAUUACUUAAAGAAGUAAUGGGAAUCGAUGAUACUGUAAAACAAUUAAGUGUCACUGAAUUUAAAUUAAAUAAUGAUAAUUAUGAAGAAAUUACAAUAUCCCAUGUUAUUUCACCAUCUUACUUUUGGAUUCAUUUGCGUAAAAAUUUUCAAAUUUUCAAUACAUUCAAUAAUGAAAUUAUGACAUUCUAUGUGAAUUACAAUUUUAAAUAUAAAGUUCCAUUUAGUUUAAUGCAAAAAGGAUUGAAUGUUGUUUGUUUUUUUAAAAAUAAAUGGAAUCGUGGAUUAAUUAAAGAUGUUUGUAAAGAUUCACAAAUAACAAUUUUUUUAUACGAUUAUGGAAUGGAUAAAAAAUUUUUUCCCGAUGAAAUUUGCUUUUUACAUAAAUCAUUUGCCAAUUUUCCCGCACAAGCAAUACCAUGUUGUUUAUAUAAUGUGAAACCAUAUAAAUCAUCAAAUUGGAGUCACGAUAUUUUAUGGCAAUUUAUAUCAAAAUCAUCAUUUCCAUUAAUUGCAACUGUACAUGAUAUUAAUCUUGAAGAAAAUUUACUUUUUCUCGUAUUAACCGACACGAGAACUGAUCAAGAUUUUCAUAUUAAUGAUUGGUUGUGUAAGGAAAAAUUCGCUGAACCAGGACAAUAUUCAUUAGAACAUCAUAAUUAUGUUUUUUCACACUAUAAAGAAUGUUUGAAACAAAAAGGUUACGAUCCAUUUUCACUUCAUUAUAAUCGUUUGAAUCAUGAUGAUGAUAAUGAUGAUAAUAAUGAAAUUAAUGAUGAAAUUCCAAUUGUCGAAUCAGAAAAUAAACAUUAUCCACUUCGAUUAAAGAAUUUAUUGGCAUCGUAUGUGAAUUUAAAAAUUGAUGAAGACAAUUUACCGAAAUUAAAAAAAAUCACAACUACCACGGAUGAUAAAAGUACUGAUGAGAGUACAAAAAGUUCAAAUUGUUCACGAUUAAUGUCUCUUCGUAAGAUGAACAAUUUAAAAAGUUUAAAUUGCAAUGAAAAAGAAGAAGAAGAACCAUCAACUUCGAGAUCAAUUACUGAUGAUUCAAUUUCAACAUCAUCAUUGGAGGAAUCACAAAAAAAAAUCACUAUUGAUAUGCCUUAUUUUGGAACAUUUGCCAGCGAAUGCGGUGGAAGAGGAAGAAUGGAAUCAAUUGAUUGGAAAAAUGUUUUAAACACUGACAAUUAUUCUAAUCAAAAACAAAUUGAAAAAAAUGUUUCUAAAAAUUUACCACCUCAAUUACAAAGAUUGUUGAGAAUACAAAAUGAGCAAAAACAAAUUUAAAUUUUAAUUUCAAUUUUUUUUUGUUGACUUUAUAGGAGAUAUAUGUGAUAAAUGCGUAAGUUUGAAUCUAUUAUUAAUUUUUAAUUACAAUUUAUUUUUUAAAAAAGUAUUAUUUAUUUAAUAAAACUUUUAAUAGAGAUACAAUGA